UCCACGAUCCGCAGUCAAUGUGCUCAGUGGUGUUCCAGGUGCAGUGCCAGUUCCCACUUCCAGCUAUAGUUAACCCACUUCCGCUGAGGUCCGUUCGAAGUCCGUUAAUUUGAAUACCAGCACCUUUUUUUGACCCGCCGCCUGCCCGACAUGGAGAUCUUUCUACGAUUGUUGGCCCUGAUUCUAAAUGCCUUUGGCAUGCUAGUGAACAAGAUACUGGAUUUGGUACUCUCUCGUCAGAAACCCAAAUUUUCUGGCAUCAGUAAUCCCCUGCUAAAGAGAUCCGUUAUUGAGCUGGUCACCCAAUUACGACGCGGCGAGAUCACCUCCGUGGAGUUGGUUAGCGCAUAUAUAGCACGUAUUCAGGAGGUGAAUCCUUCACUGAAUGCCGUCGUCGAAGAUCGAUUCGAUGCCGCAUUGCAAGAUGCCAAAUUGGCGGACCAGUUUAUCGCCAAGGCGAGCUCCGAAUUCGAUCGGGUAGCUCUGUACACCAAGUAUCCCAUUCUAGGAGUGCCCUUCACAGUCAAGGAAUCCUGUGGUCUUAAAGGAUUAUCAUUUGCCGUGGGCAGUCUUGCUCGUAAAAAUAUGAAAGCUGCCCAGGAUGGCGAUGUGGUGGAACUAGUUCGAGCAGCCGGUGGCAUACCACUUUUGGUAUCUGCCAAUCCUGAGUUUUGCAUGAGCUUCGAGACCAGCAAUAAUAUCCAAGGGCGUUGCCUGAAUCCUUAUGAUCUGCAUCGAACUUCUGCUGGAUCUUCGGGAGGUGAGGGAGCUUUGAAUGGAUGUGGAGCCACCACGUUUGGUGUGGCUUCCGAUAUCAGCGGUUCCAUUCGACUGCCAGCAUUAUUUUGCGGUGUCUUUGGACACAAACCAACUGGUGGGCUUACCUCGGUCAAGGGUCAUUUCCCUUACUCAUUGACCGACAAGAAGUUCCCCAAGAUGCUGCAGAUUGGCCCCAUCACUAGAUUUGCCCGGGACUUGCCUUUACUAUUGGAAAUCAUGGCAGGCGAUAACAAACACAAGCUGAAAAUGUCAGAGCCUGUAGCCCUGAAGGAAAUGAAGGUAUACUAUGCCUUUGGAUACUCCAACCUUAACACUCUCACCCAUCCCUUAGUGGACUUUGAUAUCAAGUUAGCCAUCACCAAGGCCGUCAAGUGCUUGGAAAGAGGAGGAGUUCAAACCAAGAAGUUGGAUCUUAAAUUCUUAAGCAAUUCUUUGGAGAUUGCUCUGGUUUCCCUGGUGGAUCUAAAGGGUCUGCCCAGUAUUGUGACCCAGCGGGCAGAUCGGGAUCCCUCGAUGCGAUUGUUGAUGGUGGAGCUCUUUAAUAGCAUAAUAGGUCACUCGAUCUUCACCAAAGAGGCCAUGGUUCUGGAGGUGAUGAAGCGUUUCAAUGGCCUAAUGGCCUCUGGGAAUAUGGAGCAAUAUCGAGAGGAAAUGAAGAAGAUUAAAAGCCAUUUAAAUCAAUUGCUUGGCACCCGCGGAGUCCUCAUCCUGCCCACCUUCCAUACGAGCGCCCUAUGUUUCCACACCUCUCUGUUGAAUGUGACGGGGAUCGACAAUAUGCUCCUCUUUAACAUCCUUGGACUGCCCGCCACCCAUGUGCCCAUGGGCAUUAACCAAAGAGGGAUGCCUAUUGGCUUACAGGUUGUUGCCGCGCAAUACCAGGACAAACUGUGCCUGAAGGUGGCCGCCGAAUUGGAGGCCGUUUUUCACGGCUGGGUGCCACCAGUGCCACAUGCCACAGAUGCGAAGUGAAGAUCACUGCACAUCUAUCCAGUUAAGGUUCAAGGUUAAAUUUUGUUUUUAAAAGCUGUAAUAGAAUUGUAAAGAUUAAAGUGAAGUUCGUUUAAUAUAUGAUUGUA